CUUAGCCAUAAAUCUGAUUUCAGACCAGCUUUUCCAACCUUCAGCCUACACCAAGCCGAUGCAUAAAAUGACGCCAUUAAACCGCGCACUGAUCCACAGUCAGUCCUUCAGCACCGCUCUAAAAUUCAAUCGCAUAGUGCGCUGUCCUCGGCACAGAGAGACAUUCGAGAGGACGUGUGCAAUAUCCAUUUUGUACAUUUGCCGGUGUUGUCAAUUCGGUUUGGGCUACUGGGUUAUAAACACGUCAUUUAAUAACCGCUAGCCUUUCAAGGCUAAAUCAGAAGGCAUCCUGGACGAAACGGGUGCACCGAAGAUCCCUACGCAGCAUGGAUUCUAUGUAACUCCGGUAAAAUGUAAUGAGGAGAUGGCUCCGGGAGAGAAAGAUCAUCAGGGUACCAGCCGUAUAGUGUUGGUCAAGAAAAUUAUCAUGAAAGAUGGGCCCACGCCGGGCCAGGGUAUUGGCAGACCCAGUGUUUCCCAUGCUGUGGUGGUCAUCUUCCUGGAGUUCUUUGCCUGGGGUCUCCUUACCACUCCAAUGCUGACAGUUUUACAUGAAACUUUUCCACAGCACACGUUUCUGAUGAAUGGUCUCAUUCAAGGGGUGAAGGGUCUUCUGUCCUUCAUGAGCGCCCCUCUGAUUGGUGCCUUGUCAGACGUGUGGGGCAGACGGUCCUUCCUAUUGGUCACUGUGUUCUUCACCUGCGCCCCCAUCCCGCUAAUGAGACUCAGUCCCUGGUGGUACUUUGCAGCGAUUUCCAUGUCAGGGGCUUUCUCUGUCACCUUCUCUGUCAUCUUCGCUUAUGUCGCUGAUGUCACGGAGGAGCAUGAGAGAAGCACCGCAUACGGAUUGGUAUCGGCUACGUUUGCUGCCAGCCUGGUGACGAGUCCAGCCAUCGGGGCGUACCUGUCCGCGUGUUACGGUGACAACCUGGUGGUGUUGGUGGCUACACUGGUUGCUUUGGCAGACAUCUGUUUCAUCCUGCUGGCCGUGCCAGAGUCCCUCCCGGAGAAGAUGAGGCUCAACACCUGGGGUGCACCCAUCACCUGGGAGCAGGCCGACCCCUUCCAGUCGAUGAGGAAAGUGGGGAAGGAUCCCACGGUUCUUCUCAUCUGUAUAACCGUGUUCCUGUCCUACCUACCCGAAGCGGGCCAAUACUCCAGCUUUUUUCUCUACCUUAGACAGGUCAUUAACUUCUCAUCGGCAACGAUCGCGGUGUUCAUCGGGGUGGUUGGAAUCCUCUCCAUCAUAGCCCAGACACUUAUCCUGACAGUCUUGAUGAGAACGAUCGGGAACAAGAACACAGUUCUACUGGGGCUGGGCUUCCAGAUUCUACAGCUGGCCUGGUACGGUUUUGGGUCAGAGCCAUGGAUGAUGUGGGCAGCGGGUGCAGUAGCAGCCAUGUCUAGUAUCACCUUUCCUGCAGUGAGCGCCCUGGUGUCUCACAGCGCAGACCCAGAUAAGCAGGGUCUGGUGCAAGGAAUGAUCACUGGUAUCCGGGGCCUGUGUAACGGUCUGGGCCCAGCGCUGUAUGGCCUUAUCUUCUUCAUGUUCAACGUAGAGCUGAACACCAUUGACCCCAUCCAGGGAGAAUACCCCAUCGACCCUAUACCUAUAAACCCACCGGCUGAGAAAUCACUGAUCCCCGGCCCUCCCUUCCUCCUGGGCUCGUGCACGGUUGUCGUGGCGUUCCUGGUAGCCUUGUUUAUCCCCGAACACACUGAGUCUCCAGUUGUAACCUGCGCCGAUUCCAAGGAAACCUCCACGCUCGCUGGCGUCCACAUCAACACCCCGUUGCCGGGCAGCGACGAGGACACGCAGGUGCCGACCAGCGAUGAGGACUUUGAGCCCCUGCUGCAGGACAGCGUCGUGUGACUGAGGGCGGGCAGCAGGCGGCUUUGGUAUUGUUACACCCAGCUAUUGGAACUACCCCAACACGCCAAUUAUGUAGCCUAUCUAUCCCCAAUGGAGGAGGAGGAGAGAGAGAGAAAGGGGGCAAUAGGGAUGGGACAGGGGCCUAGCUAACCUAACUCAAUUUUGUGUGCAACUCUGCACUGCACAACCAACCAUUAAUUCCCUGGUCUACGCCCCUGUCUCCGCCCUUACCCAAUAGGAACUAGUAAUUAUUUAUUUAUUUAAGAGGAUUUGAUAAACUGUUUAUGAUGUUGUGAUCUUUUGGGGGAUGGUUACCCCAGUGUUUUUAGUUUUUCACCUAUAGGACUCUGGACCUUGUUUUUGCUGCAAGAGUCUGAAAGGAGAGAUAGCGGAGAUAGUGGAUUCAGCGGGCAAAACUGGUUACUGGUUGUAAAUCUGGUUGUAAUGAUGCCAUUUCAACCAGCUUUGCCCGCUGGGGAGAUUGAGCGUUUUUUUGUUUUUUUUCAAAUUUUUAUUUUUUAUAGCACUAUGUUUAAUGGUGGUAGAACAGAAAGAGCUUGCUGUGCCCUGCAUUUGAUUGCUUCAACGCAUUUUCAAACUCCGCUGCGCAUCAUUUCGAUUACAAGAAGGAGAACUGUGCCAGUAGUCAACAACACUUAACAUAUUUACUUUAGAAGACUGUUCAUAGAGGAACUAUGUCACUAUGAGCAGCCGUACGAUUAUGACAUAAUUAAAAGGGCUCAGAUAUUAGUCCGAUAUUUCCAUGGGAUCUUCUGUUCACGAGCCUUACAACAACUCACAUUUUUUUUCAGAGAGCACUUAUCAUAUCAUUGUCUUAUAAGGGGUAGGGAGACAUGGGGGAUUAGGAUGGUAGAGUAGUUGGCAUAGGAAGAUGAGAUCUUGAUGUAAUUCUUUUACUCCCAAGAUCUCAUCUCACACUUUAUUGUGCAGAGUUUUGGUACUUGAACCACCGCUCCUAGAGAAACUGCUAAAAGUGUUACUGUAUGGUGAGAACAUGGAACUACAGUAUUUUGAGGCAGAAUUGAGGUGUUAAUGAUGCCAUAAUUUUUGCUGAGCGUUAUGGUUUCAUGCAGUGCCCUGCGGUUUCUGUUCAGUCUGUGAAAUCUUGAUUGUUACUGUAUAAAAAAAAGUUUUUUUAUCUUGAAGAAUAUAAUUUAUAAGAUGUAUUUAUGAUGUAUUUUAUUGAUAUUAUACAUCAGGGCUGGGGGCAAUUCCAGUCAAUUUAGAAAGUAUUCCACAUUUUCCUCAUUGAAAAGCAUUGAAGAGAAUUGGAAUUCGAGUUUGAAUUUUAGUGUAUUUCCUGAAUUGACCCAACCCUGUUAUCCAUGCUGUAAAAAUAAUAUUGCUAACAUUCUGCAACAUAUUGACUGAAAUGUCUAGGCUACUUUGGUAGUAAAAAUAUUAUAUUCAACUUUGAGUGAGACACAUUUUUACUGGUUUUCAUUUUGUAAUUUUUGGGAGGAUUCUUCAUGGUCACUUAAGUAUAACCUUACUCUGAAGUAUAUUAUAGGGGUGGAUAUAAGGUGAGGUUUCCUUUUUUAUUUGGAUGACAAAAUCAUGAAUUUCAAUCAUUGUUUUUUUUCCAUCAAUAAAUAUGUCCAAGUGUUA